CAGGUCCCUGUCCCGUCAUUUGGGUUGUCGUCCGAAGAGAGGUAGGAAGUCAUAGCCCAGUCACCCCCAGACAGAGACACACCACCCUUUAUACAUCGAGUCCCCGGCUUUCCCCUGGGAAGAGGCUCAGGGAGGAGGCGGCGAGGAAGGCUGUUUCUGAUACGUGCAGGGGAGUCCGUCGUAAACAACCCAGGGAUUCCGGCCCUGGUGAGUCACUCCUCUCCUCUGGGCCUGCCUCCUGGUGGUCAGGCCCCACCUCUGCUGGCCUCCCUGCCCUGGGGUGAGCUGGUAGCAUGCUGUGUGGGGCCCUGGGGACUGGUGGGAGUGUGGGCUGGGCCAGGAUGGCUCCUUAAACCCUUGUCGAGGGAGGCAACCCUGGAGGGGCCCAACCAGGGCCUGGUCACGCUGUGAGGCCAUCGCUGGCCAGCAGAGGGGCCAGGCCACCAUGGGCCAUCCUCCCUGCCCCUUGAAAUUUCACACCCUGCCCAUCUUCAGUCCGCCAGGCCCUCCGAGUUGGCUUGCUCCCCGUCCGGGUCCCCGAGGUUUUGGCACUGGGCCCUCACCCAGGGUUAAAUAUUAGUAGCGGAUUAUCAGUCCAGGGUCUGGGGGAGGGUGGAAUUACACUUUCACCAGCCUCUCCGCUGCUGGAGCCACCAGUGCCCGCCCCUGCCAGACAAUGCCCGUGGAGGAGUUUGUGGCCGGCUGGAUCUCCGGAGCUCUGGGCUUGGUCCUGGGACACCCCUUUGACACUGUAAAGGUGCGGCUGCAGACCCAGACCACAUACCGGGGCAUCGUUGAUUGUAUGGUCAAGACUUACCGCCAUGAGUCGCUCCUGGGCUUCUUCAAGGGAAUGAGCUUCCCCAUCGCCAGCAUAGCUGUGGUCAACUCUGUGCUGUUCGGGGUCUACAGCAAUGCCCUGCGGGCACUGACAGCCACCUCCCACCAGGAGCGGCGGGUCCAGCCACCCAGCUACACGCACGUCUUCAUAGCUGGCUGCACCGGGGGGUUCCUGCAGGCCUACUUCUUGGCUCCGUUUGACCUCAUCAAAGUCCGGCUACAGAACCAGACAGAGCCCAGGGGGAAGCCGGGGAGCCCCCCACCCCGGUACCGGGGGCCCGUGCACUGUGCGACCUCCAUCUUCCAGGCCGAGGGGCCCCGGGGGCUGUUCCGGGGAGCCUGGGCCCUGACGCUGAGGGACACUCCCACCGUGGGAAUCUAUUUCGUCACCUAUGAAUGGCUGUGUCGCCAAUUCACACCGCAUGGCCAGAACCCCAGCUCAGGCACAGUGCUGGUGGCAGGGGGCUUUGCCGGCAUCACCUCCUGGGUCACAGCCACCCCCUUAGACGUGAUCAAGUCCCGGAUGCAGAUGGCGGGGCUGAAGCAGAGGGCGUACCGGGGGCUGCUGGACUGCAUUGUGAGCAGCGCCCGGCAGGAAGGACUGGGGGUCUUCUUCCGGGGGCUCACCAUCAACAGUGCCCGCGCCUUUCCUGUCAACGCUGUCACCUUCCUCAGCUACGAGUACCUCCUCCACUCCUGGGGAUGAGCCUGGCCGGGCAACGCCAGCAGCUCCCCGGCGAGACCACUGCCCACCUGCCCACGGGAGGCCACGCUGAAAGCACCAGCUCGUGACUGUGAUGCGAGAGGCUGAGCCCCUCUUUAUCAAGGCACCUCUGGCACGCAGACGGGGCUGGGGAGCAGGAGGCCUGGGGUCCUGCACUCCGCCCAGAAUCCAAGUCUGGCCUGGGCCUCCCAUCUGCAUGCGUCUGACGCCUUUGCUUCCUGAAUCUGUGAAGUAGACGCGCAGCCAGUGGUGCUGGUGACAUUCCAGCCCCCAGCCUGUGACUUCUCCCCUUUGAGAGCGCUCAGAGCCUCUGCUCUGCUGUCUGGUGCCAAGCACCCCACCCCCUGGAUUCCAGGGAUACAUCCUCGUCUGCCUCCCGCUUCACUUCCUUUCAAACCUCUUCCCGAAGGACUUGAGGGUAGCACUUAUGUCUCCUCUAGACCAGAAUCCUUCAGUGGCUCCAUCAUCUUCAGGAAAAAGCCCAAACUCCCCCUCCUCCUGGCCCCCUUUCCCCCAGCUUUCUUCUUCCUUGGUGCUCGGCAGCCCAGUCCCUGAACAAGCUGCGCCCUUGCCCCCCCCCUAGAAGGCGCCUUCCCUCGAGGCCAGCAGUGGGCAGUGCCUGCAGGGUGACUCCCCCAUCCCUGGGGCUGAGCGGCUCCAACCCAGGCUGAGCACUGUCUCCUGGAGUCCUUCUUCUGCUCACUUCCCCCUGCCCGGAACUAGUUCUGGGGUUUGCAAACCUCUCUGCUUGCCCGCAAGCCUUGAUUGUAGCCUUCGCCUGUGCUUUUAUCAUGGUUAUGGGUUUCCGGCUUCCCAAUAGAAUGGGCGCUCCCUGAGGUCAGGGGUCAUACUUCUGAACAUUUCGCAGCACCGAGCAGAUGCUAGAAGCAGCCCGCUAAGUGCUUGUUAAAUGAAGUGCACUCCCGACCUCUGUCCCGAGGUUUGCCAGCCUGGACCCCUCUCGGAGUCUCCAGGGGAGCGGUGUCUGUCUCGCCCACUCCCAUCAAUGGCACUUGCUUUCUUUACCUGUCUGAACUGCUAAAUGGGAAUUUUAA